AUGGAGGUUGCCGGCAAGAACCCUUGCGGCGUGAAGCCUUUCUACUGGAAGAAGGGCGUUGCCCUCGAAGAUACCACCCGCCCUCCUCUGGUCCCUAACAAGGAAGAGGUUGCGGAUGGCAUGCAUUUUACUUGGGACGUGCCUGUGGCCAUGUGCGACGGAGUCAAGGUCUACGUGGAUGUUUUCCGCCCCGAAGGUGUCUCAGGCAAGCUUCCCAUCAUCUUUACCUUCAGCCCUUACGGCAAACAUGGCCCUAAGACCUUUGAUAUAUUCCCGGGCGCCGAUGUCCCUAAAGGCUGGUUCUCCAAAUAUACCGUCUGGGAAAGCAUCGAUCCCGUGGUGUGGACUAAGAAGGGGUAUGCCGUGAUCAAUGGUGACAGUCGCGGCUCGUGA